GUCAGCUCCGAACCCUCCCUUCACGAGGCUCAUGCAAAGCCUUCUUCAAUACUCGCCGCUGCGAUCAAUUCCUUCGGCUUCGAGUGCUCUUUCCUUUGGUGCAAUCGACACACUGUUUGACUGCAGAGCUAGAAUUCCACCCCACAAUACCCAGAGAAUCGGAGCUGCCACUGCUCGAGUUGAAUCGGAAUUUACCUGCGAGGAAUUGAAGUUGAGCUUCGUGGUUUGAAGUUGCAAUGGCGGUGGCGAAAGUGCAGGAGCUGAUCGAGCAGAAUCCUCUCAUUGUGUUCAGGUCACCCGCACCAGUGCUCGGUGGAUUCCGCAAUUGUGGUGCUCCAUGUAAGAGUAAGUGCCCUUUCUGUAAAACCGUGAAGGAGCUUUUCAAGAGCUUGGAGGUGGAGCCUAGAGUCGUCGAAAUUGACCUCGAGAAGGAUGGCGGUGCCAUUCAGAAAGCUCUUUUUCAAACUUCCAAGCAACUGACAGUGCCUAAUGUUUUCAUCGGCGGUGAGCACAUCGGUGGCAACGAUGCCGUCAAAGCAUUACAUAGCAAGGGUGAACUCGUUGUUAAGCUGAAGAAAGCAAGAGUGCUCAAGGCCGAUGACGAAGAGAACCCACAGCCCAAGGACGAGGUGAGGAAGACCGAAGCAGAAUCUGCCCAGGAACAAGCUCUGAAAGCAGAUGGUGCGACGAAUAUCGUGGUUUAGAUCAACUGUCAAUGUUUGUAGAUAUCAAUUUAUAUUGAACAGGACAAGAGUUUCUGAAGCCUAAAAUAAUGUUAGUCGAUUGACGCUUUGCAUUCGGUCUACAAAUAGACCUUAAACUACUGUACGAUACAUAGUGGGAUGAAUUCCAGAGAAUCGCCUAAUUAUCAUAUGCGCUUGGUUGGUUAAUCCGAGUCGGUUCUAAUUUGAGUGCUUCAUUUAAA